ACGAAUGUUUAGGCGUCGGUACCAUGGCGUCGACGUUUCGACGUAGAACGACGGCACCUGCGACAGCAUCACAGAAUCCCGAGGGAAUUAGCAGCAGUGACAGCCACCAUAGAUCAUUGUUGGGCCUCAAAGGCACUAAACCGUGGACGGGUGGGAUUACACUCACCUCGACAGGUCUACGGGAGUGGGACGCUCUUCUGGGAGGUGCGGGGCAGCCCUUGGGCACCGUCGUAUGGUUACAAGAAGAUCGGUGGACCACUUUGAGUCUCUCACAUUCUCUCAUCAAGUACUGGUGUGCCGAGGCCAUUGCUCAAGAGCAGCACUUGUUGAUCCCGACGGAAAAAGAUGACGUAACAGAUUGGCAGUCAUCGUGGGAAACGACAGAUCAGAAACAGGACGAUUCUGGGCUCCGGACGACUCGCGCGGUGGCUGACGAGUUGCUGGAUUCUCUGCCUCGAAAUUUGCACCACGACCAACAGGUAAAGAAAGCCGCAGCAUCAUCCUCGGAAACCUCACCCAUUCCUACAGCGACAGCGCCGCUCGGGAUCGUGGAAGAAACGGAAGAAGACUGAUGAUGAUGAUGCUCAAACGGAGGCAGGCCUUACUAUUGCGUGGCAAUAUCGCAAAUCUGUGCAAGAGGAGCGCUCGGGACUUUCAACCGGGAGUGCAAAAGUGUCAUCUUCUUCUAACAGCAAGGAAUCUGUGUUUUGCCACUCUUUUGAUCUGAAUGGUCGAAUGAAAGACCAGAUCGACUUGCGCGCUUUCGUGCAUACAGAAGUCGUAUCAUGCCGAAUGGACGGUGUCCGAUAUUAUCGGCAUUUGCGUUCUCGUGUAGACGAACUCCUCACGCAACCUUGGCGAAAAGUAGUUCGUAUUCUUCUUUAUCAUCCCAAGAUGCAAAUUCUCAAUAGCGCUCUACCCCUCUUGCUAAACUACAUAAGGGAGAAGCAAUUGCCGGUUGUCCUCCUGGUGGCUGUCCAGCCUUGGACGAUACGGUCCCAGGACAUUCCGGCCGCGCGUCGCCUGCAACGACUCUCCGAUGUUGUGCUUGAGGUGGAAGGGUUUGCGUCGCGGCAAACAUACCCUCCACCAGCCGAGUUUCGCACACUUCACGGGCUCUUACACGUGACCAAGGUCUCUACCGUCACGGCUGCCGCAUCCAGUGGGCACUUUGCUGACGCGACCGUGUCCAAGCGACCCGCUGCUUUUCUGUACGGAAUCAAACGGGAUCGUCGCAAACUACACAUACAACUGCUGCACAUUCCGCCGGAAGAAUAUGCGGAAGGUGGGAGCAGUGUCGGGGGUACCGGUGUGCGUUCCGGUGGGGGUCGGAUGUCCGCAGAAACCAAAAAAGCCACGGGCGGCUGUGGGUCCGUUGGUGGUUCCACUCAUUUGGAAUUUUAAGUUUUUGCUUGGCAAUGUCGGAUGUUUGGUCGCUUGAGCACAUUUUGGAUAGCAUGGUUCCGCUGCGUUAAAUGUGAGUCGGCGGCUACCUUCGACGUUCUACGAAUUCCUAGAGCAAUGCAAUCUCGCGGUCCAUUACAUCGUAUUGGUGCAAACAUCGUUUACUGUCGCAACCCAUAUUACGCAGGAUUUUAAACUUUUUCAAGUUUGUCUGUAAACAUGCAAAUCUAAUAAUACUACUUGAUCUACGUUG